UUUGCCUUAGUUCAUUAAUAAAUAAAAAAAAAAUAAUAAUUUAUUUGAAAAAAAAUGAAUCAAAAUGAUGGUGGCAGUGAUGAAAGAUUGCCAUUAUUAAUAUUUAAUUUGAUCAAGAUCAUCAAAUAAUUGCAAUAAAUAACUGAAUUCGAGAUUUUUCUUUUUUUUGGAAAAAAAAGUUUGAAUUUUUUAUAUAUGAAAUCAUCACUGUAUAUUUAUCGAUGAAAGAUUCGACACGAAUCACCAUCAAUAUCCGCCGAAUAACUUUGAAUAGAUUCAUCAUCAUCAUCAUCAUCAUCAUAAUUAUAAAUGAUGAAUAAAUAGGACAAACACACCGGAAAUAGUAAUUGGAUGGAAAAAAUUAAAAAAAACUACUAAUAACAAACGGAACAGAAUACAAGAAAAUAAUAACGACAACGACAAAAAUUUUUUGCACUGGAUUUUGUUUUCCAUUUAAUUUUCUUAUUUUUUUUCUUCAUUCAUUCAUUCAUUCAUUCAUUUUGUUGUUGUUGUGAGUAUUUGAGAUAUGAAUACCAUAAUAUCGAAAUUAGAACAAGAUGAUAGAAUAUUGGCAGAACUGGACAAUCAAUUACGUUCAGUAUCGAAUAGAUCGUCAAGAAUUGGACAUACAUCAUCAUCAACACCGCCACCACCACCAUUAUUAUUGGAUACGAAUAAUAAUAAUGAUAAUAGUAGUAAUCAACAUCAUCAUCAUGAACGUAUUAAUCUAGUUAAUACAAAUAAACAUAGUAAACAUCCACCAUUAUCAAUCGAUAUUGAUGAUAAUAAAAAAUCAAUUGUUCGUCAUAGUUCACAACAACAACAGCAACAUCUGUCAUCAAAUCGAUUGCCUUCAUCAACAAAUGAGAUAAAUGAAUGGAAAUAUCAACAAGAUUAUCAAAGUGUUCUCAACACCACCACCACCGCUGAUCAUAUAGGUCAUCGUAAUGACAAUGAUGAUGAUGAUGAUGAUGAAUUUUGUUUUCAAAAUGAAAAAUCCCAAAAAGCCAGCAGUUCGAAUGCAUCGAACAUUUCGACAGAGCUCAAACGAAUUGAAGAUAAAUUGGCAACUGUAAUUAACCGUUCUUCAAGUAGCAUUGGUCAACGUAAACAUCUAUCUAAUAAUGUUGAUCAUCAUCAUCAUCAUAAAAAAAUACUAGCCAAUCUAGAUGCUCAGGAACAACAACAGCAGCCAUCGUUCAAUAAAUCAACAGCACAUCUGUUUACAAUGAAAACAAAAAUGGAUAAUUAUUCGAUGAUGACGGAUAAAAAAUUAAAUAUAAAUGAAAAACAAAAAUCAACAACAUCAAAUGUAUCAAGUAAAGAUCUAGAUUUAUUAAUGGAAAAAUUAGAACGUGACAAUAAAAUUCUAGCUGAAUUGGAUAAAAAAUUAAAAAAUGUUUCAACAACAAGUGUUCAUGGUGAAGAGAUUAGUGGCGGUCAAUUACUAUCAUCAUCAUUGCCUUCAUAUGCUGCGACACAAUUGCCAAAGACAAGCAUAUUGAAUGAUCAACAUUAUAUCAUCAGUAAAUCGUCCAAUCCAUUGAUAAAUACAUCGUCAAGUAACAAUCCUGUUAUUUUUCCUUCAUCGACAAUAAUAAAUCGUAUUAGUUCAUCAUCGGCUGCUGUUGCUACAACAACUACGGCAACUGGUCAACGUGUGUUACCAAUGACCGAAUCUUCUUAUACUGCUCAGAUUGAUGAACUUAAAGAAGCUGAAGAGAUUGUCGAUAGUAUUGAACUGCCAAAUCGUGGUCGAUGUAAAGUUUUUAUGGCCAAAUAUAAUUAUGAUCCAUAUAAAAAUUCACCAAAUGAUAAUCCUGAAACUGAAGUAACAUUAUUAGCCGGAGAUUUUAUUCUCAUAUUCGGUAAUAUUGAUGAAGACGGGUAUUAUUAUGGAGAAUUAUUAGAUGGUCGCCGUGGUUUGGUUCCAUCGAAUUUUAUCGAAAAAUUAACCGGUGAUGAUUUGUUUGAAUUUCAAGCACGUGUUUUAUAUGGCCAUAAUAAAGAUGCCGAAUCCGAUACGGCUAGUUUUCCACCGGAAUUUUAUGAUGCCAUUUUGAGCGAACAAAUUGGUCAUACAAGUUUUCAACAUCUUCUUGCUCCAGAUGAUUUUCAUCGUAUUAAUGAUUAUAUUGAUCUGGAAGAUGCCACCGAAAUUGAUGAAGAUGUUUCCGAGCCUGAAAGAGCUGAACAAGAAGCUGCCAAAACGACAGUUCCACCUCCACAAAGGUUGAUUGUUGAACGUCAACUACACAAAAGUGUUCUUAUAGGGUGGCUACACCCUGAAUGUCCUCGUACAAUGAUCGAUCAUUAUCAGAUAUAUGUUGAUGGGGUAUUAAAAGCCACCAUACCAUCCGGUGAUAGAACUAAAGCCCUUGUUGAAGGCGUUGAUUCAUCAAUGCCACAUCGUAUCAGUAUUCGAGCAAUCGAUCGUAAUGGUCGUCAUUCAAAAGAUCCGGGUUGUACAAUAGUGAUUGGAAAAAAUAUACCGUUUGCUCCGUGUUGUGUGAAAGCAUCAAAUAUUACAUCAGAUUCAGCACUCAUAUCUUGGAUACCGUGUAAUUCAAAUUUUUAUCAUGUAGUUGCCGUUAAUAGUGUUGAAGUUCGAACAGUAAAGCCAAGUGUCUUUAAGCAUUUAAUUGUUGGCCUAUCAGCAAAUACCUUAUAUCGUGUUUCCGUUCGUGCCAAACCUGGAAAAUUAUUAUGUAGCGAUGAAAAGAAUCCAAAAAAAUUAGAAAUGUUAACCACAUUUGUUGAUUUUCGAACUUUACCCAAAAGUCUUCCAGAUCCACCAGUCGACAUUCAAGUUGAAGCUGGACCACAAGAAGGUACACUUCUGGUCACAUGGCUUCCAAUCACAUUGAAUCAAUUUGGUACAUCGAAUAAUUGUCCUGUGACCGGUUACGCUGUUUUUGCCGGACAUAAAAAACUAGCAGAAAUUGAUAGUCCUACCGGUGAUCAUGCAUUAUUGGAUAUUGCUUCGUUGGAACAUUUACAUAAAAAAUUGAUUACUGUACGAACAAAAUCCGGUGAGAAUCUGUCACAAGAUUCAAUGCCUUGCCAAAUACCAGAUGAUCUACUUAAAUUACAAUUAAUGGCCAAUACUACUCAACAAUUGAAAAAGACACAGAUAUUGAUGAAUCAUUCGGAUUCUGAAUCUGAUACCGAUUUGAAUCGUUUAAUGCAAAUGGUUGCUAGACAUAGCAAAGAAUUUGAGAAUCUAGUUUCUCAAUCACAAUCUCAGCCACAACCACAACCACAACCACAACAAUCACCACAACAACAGCUACAGCCACAAGAGCAACAGAAACAAAUCUAUACGAAUCAGAACACUCAAUAUGAUAUGAGACAUCGAAUGUUGACCAAUCGACAACAACAACAACAACAACAACAAACAACCAAUGUUAAUCGUAUGGUUGGAGCUGGUAGAAUGGCUACUAAUCGUAAUGUUCAUACAUCCUCAUUACAUAUGAAUGAUAAUAUGGCACGUAUGACUAUACCGGCUAUUGAGAUUACAAAAGAAACACCAAGUGAAAGUGUACAGCCAAUGGAAAGCUAUUCGGAAGAAGAAUUUGAUCAAUCAAUGAAACAACGUAUUUAUGGUGGAAAACGUACCGGUGUAUCACCAAUGCCGCCACAACGAACAAGAGUACUUAGUGAAUAUGAAAGAUCAAAUCUAGGUCCUUAUAAUCAACUAACACACCGACGACAACCAAAUCAACGUGAUCGUGAACAUGGUGUACGUUGGUUUGUUGCAUUAUUCGAUUAUGAUCCAAUGACAAUGUCACCUAAUCCGGAUGCUGCCGAAGAAGAAUUACCAUUUCAAGAAGGUCAACUAAUCAAGAUUUAUGGCGAUAAAGAUGCCGAUGGUUUUUAUCGUGGUGAAUGUAAUGGUAGAAUCGGUUAUGUACCAUGUAAUAUGGUAUCCGAAGUCCAAUAUGAUGUUGAAAAUGACCCAAGAUUUCGAAACAAUCCUAAUGAUCCAUUAUCACAUUUGUCUAUAAGAAAAAUGAUUGCUCUUUAUGAUUAUGAUCCACAAGAAUUAUCACCAAAUUUCGAUACUGAGACGGAAUUGGCAUUCAGAACUGGCGAUAUAAUCUACGUUUAUGGUGAUAUGGAUGAAGAUGGAUUCUAUAUUGGCGAAGCAAACGGAAUGCGUGGCUUAGUACCAUCGAAUUUUCUUGCUGAUGCUGGACCAGUUGACCAAACAACAAACGUGCGUCAUGUAAAGAUGAUGUCAGGUACGCAAAUGGUACCAGGACAGUUACAAACAACCCGUCAAAUGAAUACAAACAAUGCUAUGGCCACCAUGGCACAUGGUCAACUGAUAUCAACUGGUGGAAUGGGCCAGGGUCAAUUAGGACAAAUGCAAGUACUACAACCAGGCACUGCUUCCCAACAACAACAACAAUUCCAGCAAGGCCUUCAACAACAACUACAAUCCCACCAACAACAGCCAUUCAAUCAGACCGGAACACAAAAUUUCAGCAAUACGGGCCAGACAACCGGUGGUUUACUACAAAAUACAAUGCAAACAACACAACAGCCACAGGGAUUAUCACAGCAGCAAAUGUUAAUGCAACAGCAGUCCCAUUUACCACAAUCAACAAUGCAACAACAAACAACCCAAUAUCAGCAACAAAUCGGAACACAACCAUUGGUCACAACUGGUCCAGGCGUCAAUCAACAACAGCAACAAAUGUUCCAGGGCCAAGGUCAACAAGGUGUAUUCCAACAACAACCUCAUUUAACUACCCAACAGCAGAUAUUAACGCAACAACAGCAAAAUGCUUCAUUACAAGCCAAUCAAUCAAUGAUGGGCCGCGUAAUGAGACAACAAAAUCCCAUGGUCAACGUGACAGGCGUGCAUCAGGCACCAGGACAACAAGGGCCAUACAAUCCAAUGUUUCAAGGUCCUGGAACCAACCUAGGCAAUAAACAAAGACCAAAUAGUUUGGAUCUAAAUAUGUCAACUACACCAAGAUUCGGUCAACAGAUGGUUAAUCAAACUGGUUUAGGACCAGGUGGACCGAUGGGUACUGGUCAACCGGGUCAAUUACCGUUGCCAAAUCAACAUCAUCAACAACAACAAUCAACGGGUAUGUUGGGCAGUUUAUUUGCAUCGGGUAAAAAGAUACUGGAAGAAGCGACAACACCUUUAGGUGCACGUGGACCAUUUGCACAUCCAAAUCAACCACAUCAACCAAUGAUGGGUCACCAUCAACCACAAUCAACAGUAGCUACAAUGCAGCAAAAUACAAUGAUUGGUGGACAACAACAACCACAACAACAGCAUCAGCAACCAUCACAACAAACACAAAUGAAUUUUGGUCAACCACAACAUCCAAAUCCACAACAGCAACAACAGUCUGCAUAUAAUCCUAUGCUGGGCAAUCAAGCUAAUCAACCUGGACAAGCAGCUGGUACAAUAAUGAAUACGAUGAAAAGUUUAUUCAAACUAUGAUCACUAAUCCAUAAUAAUCGAUCUAUUAAUCGAUUGAUUAAUUUGAUAAAAAAAAUUAUUGGUCAAUUAUAUGAUGAUGAAGAAAAACUGUCUGUUGCCAAAAAAAAAAAACAAAACCAAAAUCUGUCUGAAUUCUGUUCUGUGCCUUAACCUUUGACCUCCAAAUUGAUUUUUCCUUCGUUUGGUUCUUUUUUUUACGUGAUCCUCUCUCUCUCUCUUGCUCUUUCUAAUGUCAAAAAUGUUUCCUCUUAAAAAACCCAUUUUAUCAACGAAUGAUGAUUAUUGUGCUUUUUCUUCUAAUGCUUAUUUAUUCCAAAUAAUUUCCAAUGUUGUUUGUGUGUGUGUGUGUGUGCAUUUGUGUACCUUUUUUUUCAUUUUCUUCUCUUCUUGAAUUUGAAAUCAUCAUUAUUUAAUUUCAUCACUAGCACCAAAUUACAUCAAACCAUCAUCAUCAUCAUCAUCAGCACCGUUAUAUUUCAAAGUGCCCAAAAAAAAACAUU